CAACUCCGCACUAACGAGGGCCUAGGCCCGUGCUUUUUAAAAGCAAAAAUGGGUGCAUUUUCAGAAGCUUCUUCGCACUUCUACAAAAACCCCUUUCUUUAACCAGAAAAAAAUUACAAAUAUCUUGCUUAGGGUUUUAGACUCAGACAAGCUCAAGCUAGAACGCAGGUUACUAGUCACAACCAUGGCUUUCUUUGGCAAACUUGGGAGUAUUCUACGACAAGCUACAAACAGGAAGAUUAUUUCAGAAUUGCGUCCUUCUCCAUCUGCUUUCCAGGCUAUAAGAUGCAUGUGUUCUGCUCCAACCACAAAGCUAUUUAUAGGGGGUAUUUCGUAUUCAACUGAUGAGCCAAGUUUGAGGGAGGCUUUUUCAAGAUACGGCGAAGUACUGGAUGCUAGGGUGAUUAUGGAUCGUGAAACUGGUAGGUCCAGAGGAUUUGGCUUUAUCACAUUCAAUUCAGUUGAGGAGGCAUCUAGUGCUAUUCAGGCCUUGGAUGGUCAGGACCUUCAUGGUCGUCGAGUUAGGGUAAAUUAUGCUAAUGAAAGGCCUCGUGUUUAUGGUGGUGGCGGUGGUUCUUAUGGCAAUGCACCAUAUGGUGGUGGAGCUGGGUAUGCAGGUGGUGGUGGGGGCUAUGGUGGAGCUGGGUAUGCAGGUGGUGGUGGUGGCUAUGGUGGAGGUUACGGUGGUGGUGGAUAUGGUGGAGGCAGCUCUGGGCCAGGUGGGAAUUAUGGUGGCAGUGAUGCUGGCAAUAACUAUUCUGCUCCCAGUGGAAGUGGGACGAGUUAUGGGAAUGAUGGCAGCGGUGGUUUUCCGGCUGACUUUGGUGGUGCAGGUAGUGGCACUAGCUCUGCUGGUGGAUAUGAUGGAAGUGGGGGGUUAGGAUAUGGCAGCAGUAGUUUUCCCGCUGACGUUGAUGGUGCAGGCAGUGGCACUGGCUCUGCUGGUGGACACUUUGAUAGCAAAGACAGUGGAGAUGUAAAUGAGGAUUUGGGAAAUUUUAGGGAUGACAAUGAUGAUGACACUGAUAAUUUUGCCAAAAGGGCUUGAUGGAUUUUUAGUUCAUAAACUUCAAAAGACUCCAGCAGGAUACCGAUUUCUGGCAUGAUAGUUGACCAGCAAAACAUGGCGAAGAAUGUAAUCAAUCUCAAGCAUAGGUUUUCCCUUAUCAUUUUUAUUGCUUAACUUGAGGUGAUUUAUCAUUUGACUAAAUCGAGAUACUUAAAACAGCGUGUAAAAAUCAAUGAAAUGUUUGCAACAAUGAUUCCACAUUUUUGGGCA